AUUGUGGAUGAGGGGGUGAAUGAUGUGUUGGAUUUAAUAUCGUUAAAUUUGGUUUUCUUCCCGAACUAUUGUUGUGAAACAAAGAUAUAUGUUUUAGCUCUAGCCAUUGCAUGUGUUGUUCUUUGAUGAAUGAUGGGGCGUUUCGUGCUCUAGAUAAACCGGUUCGAGUUAUGGAUGAAACAGCAGCCGCUAGCAAAUCUAAGCAUCGGAAGCUGAACGAAGAACAAGACAUGGAUUCGGUAGCUUGCAACAUUGACGAUCUUCCAGAGGCGAUCCUUGAACACAUCCUAUCUUUUGUUCCAAUAGAGGAUGCUGUUGCAACGUGCGUGCUGUCAAAAAAGUGGCGGUACCUCUGGACCUCUCAUCCUAAUCUUGAACUUUUUGAGUCGCGGUUUUCCGGGAGGGAGCACUUUACCAACUUCGUGGAUGGAGUACUCCUCCAGGGUUCCUCUCGCAUAAAAAAGUUGGUCCUCCGUUGUAGCAAUUUCGACUACGCAUCCCGUAUCAAUUUUUGGGUAUCCACUGCGGUAGCGCGGAAGGUCGAAAGUUGCUCAGUCCUCCUUUUAUGGAUCCCUGGAAAUCUGGUCUUGCCUUAUUGCUUGUUCAGUUGCGCAACACUGGCUCGCUUGGAAUUAUGCGUCUUGCCGGCAUUGGAACUACCUUCUCGAAUUUGGCUUCCGAAUCUUAAAUUCCUGCUCCUCAAGUACUUCAAGUUUGUGGACGAGCGCUCGACCGAGCAAUUGUUAUCUAGCCCGGCGCUUGAAGAGUUGAUCAUAGAGGAGUGUAAUUGGAGUAAUAUCGAGGCACUGACUAUUCGCCCUUCCAUGCUGAAGAUCUUGACCAUACACGAUGACCAUGAUGGUUUUUCCUUGGUUCACCCAUAUGGCUGUCGGGUUUUGAUAUGUGGAAAUAAUCUCGAAAGAAUACUUUGCAGAAGUUCAUUCUUGAAUGACUACCGGUUCGAAAAGUCAUGCUCGCUACUGGAGGCGUGCAUCAAUGUAACGGCCUGUCCUCCAAGUAGGACUAGACAAGUUGCCCGCCGUCUACAUAAGCUUCUUGAAGCAACGUGUUCCGUCAAGAAAUUGACACUGUCGAGCACGGCUGUCCGGGUUCUAAGUAGUGCAGCCGAGCUCUGCUCACAUCUGCCCAUCUUUCCUAAUCUGAAGUUACUGGUCUUUGGGCGUUUAGACUUGAAACAUCAAGCGAUUGUUAAGUUGCUGCAUAAUUCCCCAGAUCUGGAAACGCUUGAAUUUAGAGAGGGUAUCCAACGAUACGGCAUUGACGAUGGCUAUGAUGCGAUAUUGGAUCCGGCACCCCAUUGUUUCGGCUCGCAUCUUAAGCAGAUUGAAUUACAUAAUGUACUCAUGGGCGACGAGGUGGUUCGCAUGCUGGAAUUGUUGCUGAAGCAUGCGAUGGUCCUGGAAAAACUCCUGAUACACCACAGACGGACAUUUUCGUGGCUCGGAUUCGAGGAGAGUUACCCCAAAACGUUACCAGAGGUGCACUGUGGAUCGAAAAGUUUCAAAAUUACCAUUUUACCACCUGAUAUUGACAAAAGGCCACUGUCAUAACAUGUAAGUUGCAGUCCUGAAAGUGCACAUGUUUUGUUGUUCCAAGACACUGGAUCUCUUUUUUGGCCAUCAUAUCGACUCUAUAAGUAUAACUACGCCGACGGCGACAGCGAUGGUGAUGGCUUUGUAUCCAUUGUCCUGCCCCUGCAGAUGAUCCUAAAUUUCGUUUUGCAAGCUUGAAUGGUUGAGCCAAAAACAGAAGGCUCGACUGCAAAACAUGAAGUACUGCUCUGUUCAGAGCUUGGAUCAAUCUCACUUGAUUGAUCUAAACCUGCUCUUACAGUAUUGUGGAAGAACUCAGAUGAAGAAUCAUAUUAUUCCUUGUCAAGAACUACAAUUUUUCUUCUGUGGCGGUUGAUUUUAGAAGUUUGGGUAAGUAUAAAAAAUUAUUGGCCAAAAAAAAAGGA